GAUUUGUAGCCGAGGAGCUUCCUCGAGCUGCUGGUUUCUGCCACGUCAUCACUACGCGACGACAACACACCGUCUGAUCCGUCCCACAUAUACUUCAACAAAGACUAAAACACUUGUUGACAGUCAUGUUGGCAAAAACAGAGACAAAGAGGUCUCAAAAAGGGACUGUGAAAAAGAGAAGACACCCUGGAGAUGAUGCAGAAAGUGGAGGGGAGAAAAAGAGGAAAGGUGGAAAAGGAGGAGACAAACCUCCAGAAGGAGGCAGGAAACGUCUGGAUGCCCUGAGCGUGGGCUAUUUCCGCAGAGUCAGCGAAAGACUGAGUGAAGGAUUUGAAGAUGAUGAAGAAAAAGUGAUGUUUGUUGAGAACGUCCUCUCUGAAGUCAAAGGUAAAGCGAUGCUGGUGGCCAUGGACCAGACAGGAAGCAUCACUCUUCAGCGGCUGAUGCCAAUGUCCAGCCUUGAACAGGUCGGGGAGGUGCUGGCAGAACUGGGAGGCGAAUCAGGGUUGGAUUUUAAAACAGUUUCCUGCGAUCGGUGUGGAGGCCAUGUUGUGGAGAGUGCAGUCCGACAGAUGGCCAGGUGGAUGGAAGUGACACAGAAGAAGCCAGCUGCUGACACAAACCAGGAAGAGGAGGAGGAGGAGGAGGAGGAGGAGGAGAGCAGUGGAGUUCUCGAGGCGCAAGUGUUGUCUCUGGGUCAGGUGGUCAGAGGCAACACUGAGGAGUUCAUUAAAAAUGUCCACGGCUCACAUGUGGUCCGCACGCUUUUACACGUGUUGGCAGGAUGUCUAGGACCCCCCCGCACUGAGACUCGUCCAGUUGGAAAAGAACGGAACGCUGCUCCACAGCUCACAGAUUUUGAGAUUCCUACGUCGUUUUGGUAUGAGCUCAAAGACCUGACCGAGAACUUGAUGGAAAAUGUUAAUUUGAGCAUCACAGAUGCUGUUGCCAGUGCCGUGUUCCAGACCAUGUUGACUGUGUGUCACAGAAAAAGACCCAAACUCUGCAAACAGCUCCUGACACGUACCAUGGGGUAUCUGUGGAGUCGCAGUGCUGCUCCAGGAGUGAGUCCACUUCUGGUCUUUCUGAAAGACCAGGCCUCCAGUCACCUCAUUGAGACCAUCAUACGGCUCUCACACAAGCCUCUUCUGCGAGAACUUUACAAGAGUCAUCUACAGGGUCAGCUGGUGGAGCUGGCUUUACACCCAAAAGCCAACUUCCCCAUACAGAGGCUGACGGCAGCUGCAGCUAAACACAAAAUGUUUCUAAAACUCUUUGAUGAGUUGGUGCAGGGUAUGGAGGCCAUCUUGGCCGCGGGUCACAUGGGUGUGAUCGUCCAGUUGGCAGAGAGCUGUGCAGAGAGCGGGGAGAGACAGACAGAGCUGAUGCAGUGUCUCCUGCAUGCGUUUCACUGCGCUGAGCCUGGCUCCAGACAUGACAGCUGCCUGCCUCUCUUCAUGUCCCUGCUCACCUAUGAGGUGUACUACCAGACUGAAACAGCAGAGGGCAGCACCAAAACGGAGGUUCCACUGUCUUCCAUUAGUUACCACGGUUCUCGUCUGGUCCAGGCUCUGGCCAAGUUUAAGGAGCGAUCUCUGCUCCUCAGCAGCCUGCGCACUCUGAGCCAUGCCGACCUCUUGACACUGGCUUCUGAUCCUGCAGGCAGCCACGUCCUCCAGGCUCUGGUCACUACAUCCAGUGACAAAGGGAGGGGCAAAAUCCUCAAGAGACUUGAGGGUCUGUACAUCCAAAUGUCCUGCUCCAAGUUAGGCAGUCGUGUGGUGGAGGCCAUUUGGAACAGCGCCUCAGUCAGUCAGAGGCAGAGCAUUGCACAGGAACUAGUUCCGAGUGAAAGCCAGCUGAGGUCGGAUCAGUUCGCACGUCACAUUUGGGCCAAAUUUGCUCUCUCCCACUUUGUGCACAGACGCGCUCACUGGCAGGAGAUACAGACUGGAGAGUCCAAGAAGAGGAAGAUGUUCAGUGACAUCCUGGAAUAGAACGUUCACAUCUGUACAAAUAUUUUCUUAUUCACAGCUCUGUUCUAAGGAGCCCCUAAAGGGACAUGGGGAAAAAUAAAACUCAAAAGUUUCUCGUGCGCUCCAUACUGUUCUAAUAAAAUCAUAAAAGGUU